UGAAAAUUUUAACUUCCGGGAAGAAGUUUGCGAAAUCUGCUAAAAUUGAAAAAAAAAUAAAAUGAUGUAACAAAUCUCACUUGAGCACUUCAUUUGAAAUGGAUGUCCUCAGACCCCAGAUAAUAAGAAUUGGAGACAGAUGUUAUAGGAAAAAUCCUACACUCGAGAGAGAUAUCACAGCUGAUGAAGAAGAUGAAUAUGAUGAUGGAAAUAGUCAAGAUUUUGGAUAUUGUGAUGAAGUUUGUGAUUUGAAAACUUCUGUUGAAGAAACAGAUGGUGGAUUUCAGUUAAAAUUAGAGAUCCCUAGUACCUUCUUUAAACAUAUUAUUGGUAGGAAAGCUGAGACAAAGAGAAGACUAGAAACAGAAACUAGAACUCAGAUCAGAAUACCAAAGAAUGGACAAGAGGGACCUAUAGUAAUACAGGGUCAUGACAGAAAAGGAGUCAUUUCUGCUAAAACAAGAAUUGAUUUGAUAGUAGAUGGAGCAAGACAGAGAGAACCAUUUACUCACUUUCUUUCAAUUCCAAUUAACAGUUCCAAGAUGCAAGAGAGUUUUGCGGAAUUCAGAACUGAUGUAUUGAGAGAAUGUGAUGGGGAAAGAGGUAUUGACAGUUCUAUCUUCCAGAAAUUACAAAAGUUGCAUUUGACAAUAGGAAUCUUGGCAUUAAUGGAUGACAAAGAAGUACACAAUGCUGAACAGUUGUUAAAUGAAUGUAAAGAGGAUCUCAUAGAACCUAUUCUGAAAUCUGAACCACUGUUAAUACAUUUAAGAGGAUUGGAAUAUAUGAAUGAUGAUCCACGUGCAGUGGAUGUGAUGUAUGCCAAAAUUGACCCUGGAGAAAACCUUGAUAAAUUGCAAAUGGUGGUAGACAGAAUAGUGGAUAAGUUUACAUCAGCUGGAGUUAUGACACAGGAAUAUGACAGGGUUAAGUUACAUGUUACAAUAAUGAAUACAUUGUUUAGAAGAGAUCCUACUGGUGCUCCUAUGCAAAAACAGAAAGGAAAAGUAGAAAGGGAAUCAUUUGAUGCUUAUAAUCUUAUAAAGAGAUUUGGUAAUUAUGAUUUUGGAGAAUACUGUGUAGACAAGAUACAUUUAUCACAGAAACAUGGGACAGCAUGUGAUGGAUACUAUUUUUGUACUUCUUCAAUAAAUAUACCAUAAUAAAUUGUUAUAAUUGU